CACACACACUGCCUCACACACUCACAGCCCAGAGUACACUGCACAGUCGCGUGCUCAGAUUGGAAAGCGUGCACACUUUGUUUUUUUCUUCUCUCCAAAGUGCUGGUUAACUGAAGGGAGAAAAUGGUGCCAAAGAGCUCGGUUUUACUCCUCACCCUGUUUAUAUGUUACUUCACUCAGGAAGCUGGCGCCCAAGUGUCCCUGGCUAUGGAGGACGUUGUUGAAGUGUAUACCGGUGAUUCGGCCGUCAUCCGCUGCCAGUACAGUUUUGCUCAAGAUCCGAACAUGGUCAUGGUGCAAUGGUUUGUGCGUGGUCCUGGAGGUAGAAGAGUGAGGAUCUCUUACAGUGACCUCACCAUGCAGAAGGUCGACGAGAACACGACCUACACGGACCGCAUCAGCAUCGCAGGGGACACCAGCGGCGAGAACCUGACCAUCGUGGACGUCAGACUCUCGGACGAAAGGGAGUUUUUCUGCCAGGUCAACGGCCUUGCAGCGGGCAACGGAGAAGGCAGGACCCACUUAAAGGUUUUCAACCCCCCAGAGCCUCCUAUGAUAGAAGCAGUUUACUCUGGAGUUUCAGUGACCAGUUCAUUACCAUCAAAGAUUGCAUCUUGUGAAACCCAAGAAGGCUUCCCCAAGCCAAACAUCACCUGGUAUCGCAAUCAGGAGCCACUGUAUCCCAAAAAUGGCCAAGUGAACGUGGUUACCCUGGUGACCAGGAGGCCCAGCGGACUGUACACCGUUUUGAGCGAGCUCCAGUAUAAAGUUGCGAGGGAAGACGUCGACUCUGUGUUCUCGUGCGAGGUCAGCUAUUUCGUUCCCGGUGCCAUCCGAACGGCCGAAUCCAGAGGCGUCAACGUCACGGUGCACUACCCAACACUGAACGUGGAGAUGUGGAUGGAGUCGCCCAAGGGCCUGGUCAAAGAGGGGGACACGGUGGAGAUCCGUUGCCAGGGUGAUGGCAAUCCCCCGCCGACCAUCACUUUCAGCCGAGAACAAGAGCUAGAUGUGGGUCUGGAGGCCGAAGGCAACCUGCUGGUCCUGAAGGAUGUGAUGCGUAGGGACAGUGGCGUGUACCGAUGCCAGUCUCUGGACCUGGACUCGGAAGUAGACUCUGAUGUAGGAGCGAACCUGCAGCUUAACGUGAACUAUCUUGACCCAGCUGUGGUGGUUCCCAAAGACUCGGAGAUCAUGCUGAAAGGAGAAAGUCUGACAGCCACAUGUAACGCUUUGUCCUCUCUAGAGACCUCCACUGUGUGGCUUAAGGAGGGCGUAGAGAUAAGACGAGGACAUGUGCUGCAGCUGCAGGAUGCUACGUUCGACACAGCCGGACACUACGAAUGCGAGGUGACCGUUCCCGCCAUACCAGGCCUGCAUACCAGUGGAUCAGUCCAUAUAAUAGUGCAGGGCGCUCCUGAGUUGAGAGAUGUGGAGAGGGAGGUGGCCAUGAUCGAGAGGGUGGGCAAGUGGCUGAACCUGACCUGCGAAGCGAGAGGUUUCCCCCGACCCGUUAUUACUUGGAACGUAACCGGCAGCCCUAAUUCACGUGAGGUUCUGAAGAGAGAGCUCGAGGAUGUUGUUCAAAGCAUCUUGACCCUGAAGGUGACCACGGACACGGUUGCUACGUGCAGCGCAACCAACACGAUGGGUGCAGAGACCAGGAACUAUACCAUCAUAAGCAUUCCUAUCGUAACCCCGACAGCGAGGAACACUGCAGUCGAUAACAGCGGGGUGAUGAUCGUGAUCAUAAUCAUCAGCCUUCUCCUCUUGGCCAUCUUGGGCAGCGUGCUGUACUUCCUGUACAAGAAGGGCAAGCUGCCCUGUGGACGUUCUGGCAAACAGGAGAUCACCAAAGAGACGACCAAUAAGGAUAACAUCGUGGUGGAGAUGAAGGCGGAGAAGACGGAGAAGACAGAGAAGUCGGUACUACUGAAGGGCGUCAAUGGCAACAACAAACCUCCAAGUGACCAGUAAAGUACACUGACCUGCACAAAUGAUGCGAAACCCAGGAGAGAAGAUGCCAACUGAAGCCCAUUCACUGUCCCUUUACCAACCCAACAAUCGAGUUAUACGGAUACGAAAUAACGUCUGCCGGAACAGCUGUCUUUCCUAAAUAAAGAGGAUAUUCUUUGUUCAUUUACAAGCUCUGGUACUCCCGAUUGGCCAUAUUGAACCAGCGUGAGCUCGUUCAGCCAUGCCGAUUUUUUUUUUUAUACUUCUUUUCUUCUUUUUUUUUCUUUCUUUUUUUUUUUUUGGCCAAACCAACCCCCCCCCCCCCCCCCCCCCAAUGUUUUAUUCUGUAAUUCUCAACCACCUGAGGAAUUCAAUGUCACAUUGUUUCAAUGUAUGACCUUUAUAACGUGUGUGUAUAUAGUAUAUAUAAUAUUGAGUGAGGUAAAGUUGAACCAUAUGGCAAAUUGAAAUCAAACCAUACAUUUUCUUCCCUGAACUACAGAAUCUCGUAAGUGUUUACGUCAGUCAGCGAAAAAAAAAAAAAAACACUAUCGGUAAAUAGUGGAAAAUGGUGGGAUUUUCAUAUUAAAACAAAAAUAAGCUAUGUCGAACAGUAUUUCUACUAACUGUACACCAGCACAAUGGAGUAAUUUGGACCAGUACAACACAUGUACAAAAAUAAUCACAUUCCUCAAUGAUUUUCUUUCCAGUAGGAUGACAUAGUUCUCAUUUCAAGCUUGUUGCCAGAUAGUAACUCAAAAACAUCUGCUCGCGUACAGUCAAAUUAUGUUCGGUCCUUUUAGCUAACGAGCGGAGAAGCCGACCGUCGUACUCGGAGUACACCGAACUCCGAGUUUAGAGCCAGUCAUCACGUUUGAGGUUUGUUUUCGUCGAAGAGACUACUGCUUUUUGUAAAUAUCGUCAGCAGACUAAACUGUAGCUAAACUGCGCCGAGGGGAUUCACGGCUCCCUCUUUUUCUCUGCCUCACGUUCAUCAGCUGCAGCGUCUGACUGUCCAUGUUUGUUACACUGAGACUUCUUUGAAGGUCUGUUUUAUGUUUUGGUGUGCUUGUUCAUGUUUGCUCAAAAGGAAGGGUGAUUUUGCAAGUUUGUUUUGUCUCCUCAAACCAAUGUGGAUGAGUCGUCGCGGGGUUUUAAAGCGGGGGUGUUUAUUACGCAUAGGUUUAUUCGCUUCAAGCCAGGGUUUUUGUCCUCUUACAGUGGCCCAAAGUCUGAGGCUGAAUUGAACAAGAAGCGAUUCGUAUUUGAUUUUUGUGUUUGUUUAAAUCCGAGAUAUGUCCUGCUGUUUUGCUAAUCUGGUAGCUGGGAGCUUCUUUUACUUGUUAGCUACAUUAGACAACAAAAAAUAUUUGAAUCUGAUUAAAUACAUUUUGGGUAAAUGGAAAAUUGUACAUUCAAUUUUCUUUGGCAAAAAGUAAUAAUUUAACUGCUGUAUAUUUGGAAGUCUUGUGGAAGUUUCUAUGACUUCUUAUGGACACCAGUGCAGACGUCCGAUAUAAAGUUAGUGCUUUGAUCUUUUAUAAAGAUCGACAUUAUACAUCCACAAUCGUCGAGAAAGAAAAAAAAAAAGCACCUCUAGCCGUCUUAUCAUCCGUCCACCGUUGGAUGAUUUGCUCUUGUGAUGGAUCACAUGCUUUAUUUUGGCCUCACAUCCUGAUUGUCUAAUAUUAUAGAUCGGCUUGAAUGAAAGCAUAUUUUAUAUUCUCCGGAUUCUUUCAACCAAUCGGACAUCCUCGUAGACUACUAAAUAACGUGACGCGACAUCUCGCGUCUCAUCCGCUUGGCUCGACAAGACAAACUGGAUAUAACGUGUGUAUAUAAACCUGUUCACCUGUGCGGUUCCUCGUUUUGUUUUUUGUAGCAAUGUUACAGUUCUGCUUGUGUGUAAAUUAAAGACAUGUGAUUUGAUGCUUGUGUUUUUUAUACACUGUAAUUUUCUUUCUUUUUUUUUUUGCAAAAACAAUGCCAAAUAAAGAUA